UAUUAAACGUCACUUCCGCAUUUCGUAACCAAGCAGUUUACUUAAAGACAUCUACAUUGUCUAGUUCUUUCAUACAAGUACACUUCCUAAUAUUCAUACAAUUUUUUUCUUCCGGAAAACCUAUAUGGCUCUGCGUAGAUGAACAUGGUAGGUGAAGCAGAUUCCCUCGCUGUAAUUAACUACAUUCAUCGCCGAUACGAGGACACGGCACUUGUGAUCUUCAGACAACAGCAGGCGAAGAAGGACAUUCCUUGGAAAAACCCUGAAUAUUCCUUUAGGUCAUACAUUUCUCCUGAUACUGCAAUAGCUGCACCUCAUAUAAUUGAAGCUGGAGAGGAUGCUGAUGAACACGCUGGCCAGCCGGUAUACCAACACAAGGAAGAAGGUCCACGUAGUAGAUUAUGCUCCAUAAUAUGAUUGUUGCUGUAUAUCAGUUUCAACUUUUAUAACUUCUGUACUUAAAAUUGUGCUUCAGUAUUGCUCACUUUAUGUAUUUGUAGUUCAUUUUAAAUACAAAAGUUGUUAUAUUGAGUUGAGUAUUAUAUUUAUGCUUUAUUUACAAAAAAACCCACAAAAAUCGCUGGAUACAGUCUUUCAGUACUUAUAUAAACAUGAAUGAACAAAUAUCAAGGAAGAGUAGAUAAAAAAAAAUUCUUGAUGCAUAUAAAAUAUUCUCACAUCGGAAAUUAUUUAUGAAUUGAGUUGCAUGAUUACGGUUUCUGUAUGUAGGUAAUAUAUGAACAGCAACAUAUUGUACUACACUUUGUUUUGUCAUACAAACAAUGGAGCUGCAUCCAAUUCUUGAUGUGGAUACAGCACCAAACCCGGGCUGGUGGUAUGUGCUAUCUACUUUGGGCGAUUCUCCAUCUGAACGUGUGGGACACACUGCUACGUAUAUAAAAGGUUCCCACGGCAACGAUGCUGGCAAGGUUUACAUAAUUGGGGGCGCUAAUCCCAGCAGUGUGUUUGGCGAUACGUACGUCCUUGACCUCAAUACUUUGCAGUGGGAUACGGUCGAUGGCGCCGGGCUUCGGGCUCGCUACGAACACAUGGCGUUUGUUCCUGAAAGUCAGCCGAACAAAAUCUACAUCUUUGGUGGAGCGGAUCAGGCUGGCAACAUGAACGACAUCCAGUGCCUGGACACCACCACCAAUGUGUGGAGCACAAUCACAGUGAUGGGAACCCCCCCACCAGCCAGGACGUACCACACUGUGCCCGUGUGCGGGGAUAAGCUGAUUGUUUACAGCGGGGGUCACAGCGGCUCGGAUCCUGUGGGAGACAGGCAGGUUCACUGCUUCGACGCCAACACUUCGUCGUGGGUAAUGAUAAAUGUACGAGGCGACUCCCCCAAGCCUCGCCACGGUCACGUGAUGGCUGCUGUCGGGGAUAAGAUAUUCGUACAUGGUGGAAUGGCCGGCUCAACUUUCUAUGAUGACCUCCAUGUUCUUGAUCUCAGUAAAAACUCGUGGGUGAAUGUCAAGCGGAAGAAGACGUACCCGUCGGCUAGAGCGGGACACGGAAGUCUGGUGUGUGGGACGGAUCUCUACAUCUUCGGUGGGAUGAACAGAGAUGGGGCGCUGGACGACACAUACAAACUGGACACAGUUAAGCUGGCAUGGACGAAGGUGGACAUACAAGGUCCACCCCCUCCAUCCCGUCUGGACUUCGCGAUGUGCGCAGUCACUCUAAACCGUGACAAACAUUCUGCUGGAGACACCGCGGACAUUGCCAACACAAGUCAGCAUGCCAAAGAGGUUCUGGAGCAGGAACUGAAGCCAGGCAGCGCAAGCUCACGAGACAGUCACCAGGAAUACAGCAGAGAAUCCUCGAGCAUUGAAGAUUUCUCAUCUGACGUGGUUCUGGACCAAAACCAGUCUUCUGUUGUGCAUGCUUCGGGGUCAGAUAACUCUGUCUCAGUGGACGAGCCGGCUGCUUCCAUGGAUCAGCAGAAGACAUUGAAAAUCUGUCUCAUUCAUGGGGGGAUGGACACACAGGGGGAGAUUUUUGAUGACACUCUUGUGCUGCUGCUAGAACAAAAAAUGUAGCAUGUGUGUCAAUCUAAUUAAAAUUAGCUCCACUAUUACAUGUGGAUCUAAAGACAGCCAGUUGGAGCUCAUGU